GUAACCGGGGAGAUAAACAGAGGAUUUUUCUCCGCUGGAGGCUGGCCAGUGCAGUGCGCCAAAUAAUACACCACACAAUCCGGUGCGACAAUCCGCGAGGCCUGUUGAAACGUUGCGGUUGCCAGGCCAAUUCCACUCGAAGCCCCAUUCGAUCUUUCCCCGAUACGGUAACACGGUGUGCAAAUGUAUCGCCCGUAAGCCAUGAGUCCCACAUAUGCAAAAAUAGAAAACAUUUGCAGGCUCUGUUUGUCCGGCGAUGACACUUUGGAAUCUAUUUUUGGUGAUAGUGGAAGCGAUUCGCUUCAGACGAUAAUCUACGACUGUACAUCGAUUAGGAUACAACGAAACAUGGGCUUUCCGUCAUCGAUUUGCGGUGCGUGCAAAACAAGGAUCGAAAGCUUUUAUCAGUUCCGCGAGCGAUGCAAACAUAACGAUGAGUAUCUACGAUCAACCCUGCUGCCGCUGGAUAGGGCGCAGGAUGAGGAAGAGGAAGCCGACGAUGAAGACGAGGUGGUCAUAAAAAUGGAACCCGAAGUGCUGCUGGAGGAGCGAAGCGAUAUCGAUCCCAGGGAAGCAAAGGACGAACACGAAAUCGAAACAUUCGACGCACAUGGGAUGAUCUUGGUCGAUGGGAACGACAAUAAAAUCGACCUGCUUCCCGGCCAAGAAAUCGAGGGCGAGCUUGAUCGAUGGGAAGAGUCGGCUUCGAACGGUAACGACUCGAACGAUGCCUCGUCGAAUGAAUCGCUCAGCCUGCAGCCGGAUGUGUACUUAUCGGUGCCCGAACUCAACUACGUGGCACCGCUGAAGUGUGAAUAUUGCUCGCAAGAGUUUAGCGUCCUGGAGCAGCUCAAGCUACACAUAACCAGUCACAAGGAAGAGCGAAUAUUUCAGUGCUACUACUGUCCGAAGACGUUUCACUUUGCCAAAAACCUGAACAUGCACGUCGAGUACAUUCAUUCGAAGGCCAAGUAUUCGCAUCCACCGUUAUCGGUGUGGCAGCGGCAUCAGCCUCUGUUGUACAGUAGUAGCAGUAAUAAUAGCAGCGUCAGCCAAAGUACGAACGGCGAUGCACUUAGUCCGUUACCGCAGCUCGACAGUACCGACUGUCUGAACAACAACACCAUCCCGAGCAGCAUUGGCGUCAACUUAAGCCUUAAUAUCAACCUAAAUGGUCGUACGACCGGUAACGAAGGUAGCACGUUGGGACAUAACUUAAAACCGAUACGCUUACCAGCUGUACCAGCCGGUGCGACGCCGUCGGAAAUCAGUGUUCCAAUGCAGCGGUCGACAUCUUCGUCCGGCCAGGAAUGCCACGUGUGCCAUAAGAGCUUCAACGAUUCGACUGCCCUGCGGCAGCAUAUGCUGGUGCAUGCGGGCGAAAAACCGUACAAAUGUGAUAUCUGCUCGAAGUCGUUCUACAACGCCAGCACGCUGAAAACGCACCAACGUAUCCACAGCGACCAGAACCCGUACCGGUGUGCGACCUGCACGAAAAUGUUCGACAACGCCCGCAGUCUCGAACUGCACCAUCGCACGCACACCGGCGAAAAGCCGUACGCGUGCGAUGUGUGCCUGAAAAAGUUUUCCUGCUCUUCGAACUUAAAACGCCACCGGAAGCUGCAUGAUCGGUACUAGGAGGCAAAACGGAGCAUGUAAAUAGCAAGACAGGAAUCUCUCAGCAUAACCGCGCGAUCGAUGUGAACGCUACAAAACUGACUGUGCAUUUACGAAACGCAACUAACGAAACUGGACUUCCGGUCCAGAAAGCGAAGCAAACCCGAUUCUUAGGCCUGCUUCGGUGGGCGCUCAAUGUUGACUAAUUUUUGUGUAACCAUUGUUAAUGUUGAUGUUAUUAUGCCUGGAAUCGAGGUGCGAUCAACGAUCUCUCGCCUGGUCAACCCAAGCCGUUCUUCCAGCUGUACAUAGAGAAACUAGAAGACAACUCUGCUCAUCCCAAAUCGAAAACCUGACGACUGCUUAGCGAACGAACUGUUUAUAGUGGUAAAUGGAUCGCUGAAGUUGUGUACCAUACCGAGCUUACUUGCAAACGGAGCAAAAAACCAGAGAGAAACGCUGAGCACAGUGCCUCACCAAGCAACCAGUGAUGAACGAAAUACCUAACCAAACUAAUCGCGAUAGUUCCUUUGUUGCCAAAUAGUGCCACCGUCGCAGUAGGCGAUGGUGCGCCGCGUUGUGAAGCGGAGAGCCAACUAAUAAGCCCUUGCCUACGCCAAUGUGUAUUUAAGCUUUACCUUCGUUGUUUGUUCGGUUUAUGUUUAAUGUUUAGACUAACAUACAUUUUGUUUUCACGCAGUAUGUGUAUUUUGGUAAUCGCCAAACAAAAAAAAAAGAUCGUGCGAACCUUCGAUCGAUCCAUCAGAGCAAUUGAUCCCAAAAGAAAGGCCGGCAUGUUAUUUAUUUACAACCUCUAUUGUUCUAGUCAAUUAGUGAAUCCAGAAGAGAUCCGAUCCGAUUCUACGCCGCCAACCGGAUACAUGGCCUCAUGGACUCACCAGGGUUGUACCAGCAAAGUCAUUUACGCCAGCAAGAUUUUUUUACGAUAUUUGUUAUGUGUUUUACGUGAAACGUAAUAUAUAUUUUAUCUUAAUUUUCAGUCAA